GGUGGUGGGUGUGAUUACAGGAUAGAUUCAGGGGCAAAUAUGACUUUUCGCAAUUUAUUUUUUAUUUUUUAUUGGUGGUCCAAAACUGGGCCCAGUCCAAAACUGGGCUGGCUGGUGGCCCGCAUCUAUAACCAUCGCGCGCUCUCUCUCUCUCCAUAACUGAAAAAACAGAAUUAACAACAGAGCAGUUAAAUGUGAACAACGCAUACUCCAUCGUUCUCUCUUCUGGACUGAAUACUCCAUCGUUCUCUCUUCUGGACUGAAUACUCCAUCGUUCUCUCUCUAACGCGCACACUCUGACCAAUCAAGACAACAUUUCACCUGAUGGCUAGUUAUUUGUCAAGGAAACUUUACCCGUUCCUGAGGGUUUUAGGAGGAACUGCGGAUUUUUCCAGCAGUAACCCAAGCAACCCAACUGAAGAACCGGGUUGUCCUAUCGAGUUACCCUACCCUUUAAGAGAGGUUCAAUAUUACCCCUAUGGCAGUGCUUCGGAUUUUGGCUUCAGUUUCAAGUGGCCUGAAACUGAAACUGAAACGUUCACUUUUGAUACUGAAAACAUUGAAAACAAUGAAGUAAAGCCACAAAGUAGUAAUGUGUUGAAGGAGUUGACAGGGCUGGUCUCUCUAGCCUUAUCAAUUUCCAUGCUACCGGCGUAUGUCUUCAGGCCUGGACUCUCUACAAAAUUGGUUGCUGCCCUAAGUAAAAUUGAGCUAAAGGACUAUGUAUUGUUUUCGCUGGCAAUUUUGCCUGUCCUUCAACAAUACAUCAUUGAGAAACGGAAAGUGAAGGACAAGGCAGAUGAAGCGAAGAACAAGGCAGAUGAAGAGGCAGAUGAAGCAAAUUAUAGGCAAGUGAUGCGAGCCCUUUCUCUAAGCGAACGGAGAAGAACGAGGAUUUUAAUGGAGCUGUUCAUGAAAGUACAUGGCAUCAAUUUUCCGGAGGCUGAAGAAGAUGAAUUCAUUCAUUUUCUGCGAAUGGCGGUAAAGGGUAUGGAGGAAAAGGGUAUAAAAGAAAAACACGAAGCCAUGUACAAACUGGCAAAGACAGUCUUGGAAGCCAAGGAUGGCAGGGAUCAGGAGAAAGCUCCUCUUGGGGCAAAGGACAAAGAGCAUGGUAAAGCUCUGGAAGACCAAUCAGAGAAAGCUCCUCUUGGGGCAAAGGACAAAGAGCAUGGUAAAGCUCUGGAAGACCAAUCAGAGAAAGCUCCUCUUGGGGCAAAGGACAAAGAGCAUGGUAAAGCUCUGGAAGACCAAUCAGAGAAAGCUCCUCUUGGGGCAAAGGACAAAGAGCAUGGUAAAGCUCUGGAAGACCAAUCAGAGAAAGCUCCUCUUGGGGCAAAGGACAAAGAGCAUGGUAAAGCUCUGGAAGACCAAUCAGAGAAAGCUCCUCUUGGGGCAAAGGACAAAGAGCAUGGUAAAGCUCUGGAAGACCAAUCAGAGAAAGCUCCUCUUGGGGCAAAGGACAAGAAGCAUGGUAAAGCUCUGGAAGACCAAUCAAAGGGAAAAGAAGAUAAGCCCUCAUCUUCUGAUUGAACAGCUAGCUCUUAGGUCUCUUUAGUAAGCUUUUGCUGAAAUGCCGAAUACCGUAAGCUUUUGCUGAUAUGCUGGAUACUGUAAAGGAUUUGUAGUAGAGAGAAUUUCUUUUAAUGGCAUUUUGUGGUCAUUAACUUCUAGGCUGAUUUUUUUAGAGAAUAUGCUUUUGAGAAUUGUGUACAUUGGUAUACAUUCAAUAUUCAAUCUCAUAUUUGGCGCUCUCAAACAUAACAUAGUAUUUUUGUUUUUAUAUAUAUAUUUUUUAUUAUGUAUCA